GGAGCAUGCGCAGUGACCCUGCUCGCGCCGCCGCCCAUCAGCUGAGACUGGCUGCACUGGGCAGUGGGCCCCCGGCUGACAGCGUCUGGAGGUGGCGGAGGAAGCCGGCGAGAUCAGGGUGACUCCUAGAAAACCAGAGAGCCUACUUACAUCUGAUGAAAUCAGCCAGUCAGCCAACCAGUCAUGUCUUACACUCCGGGGAUUGGUGGGGACCCUGCCCAGCUGGCACAACGCAUCUCCUCUAACAUCCAGAAGAUCACACAAUGCUCCGUGGAAAUACAAAAGACUCUGAAUCAACUUGGAACACCUCAAGAUUCGCCGGAAUUGAGGCAACAGCUGCAGCAGAAGCAGCAGUAUACUAACCAGCUUGCGAAAGAAACAGAUAAGUACAUUAAAGAGUUUGGCUCUCUGCCCACCACCCCGGGUGAACAGCGUCAAAGGAAGAUACAGAAAGACCGACUGGUGGCAGAAUUCACCACAUCGCUCACAAACUUUCAGAAGGCCCAGAGGCAGGCUGCUGAGAGAGAGAAAGAGUUCGUCGCCCGAGUGAGAGCCAGUUCCAGAGUAUCGGGUGGUUUUCCUGAAGAGAGUUCAAAAGAAAAGAAUCUUGUAUCCUGGGAAAGCCAAACACAGCCCCAAGUGCAGGUCCAAGAUGAAGAAAUCACAGAGGAUGACCUCCGGCUCAUCCAUGAGCGAGAGUCUUCAAUCAGGCAGCUGGAAGCUGACAUUAUGGACAUUAAUGAAAUAUUUAAAGACUUGGGGAUGAUGAUUCAUGAACAAGGCGAUGUGAUUGACAGCAUAGAAGCCAAUGUGGAGAGCGCGGAGGUUCACGUUCAGCAGGCGAACCAACAGCUCUCGAGAGCAGCAGAUUAUCAGCGCAAAUCCAGGAAAACCCUGUGCAUCAUCAUUUUCAUCCUCGUGGUCGGAAUCGUGAUCAUCUGUCUCAUCGUAUGGGGACUGAAAGGCUGAGCCUCAAAGGCGUGGACGACUGCAUGAUGUUGUCUGAACGAUGUAGGCAGAUUCUUGGGAUCUCCUUCUCUUAUCGUUAUUUUUUAGGCUAUUGUGUAAAAUGAUGGUUCCAUACUUUGCCAUUUUUAACCAGGGUCGGGGGAGGUUCUUUUGGAUUCAAUCUGAUAUUUUCUAUACCCAAGGCUUUUCUAAAUACUCUCGCUGGCCCAACUUCCCUGCUUUUUUUUUCUUUUUUUUAGUUCAACGACUAUUGGGUUCUGCUCAUGUUGUAUAUGCCUUUCAUGUAUAAUUUAUUUAUAUUGUUUGACUGAGUUUGGGGAAUUAUUUGAUUGGCAUGUAUCCUCUUCAUGCACCUCUGUCACUGUGUAACAUAUGUAACAUGAUUGUGCUAUCUUGUUUUUUAAAAAAAUCCAAGUUUAAAUUUCACGAGUCCAGUAAAUGUCCUCAGUAGGAAACCCUCAACAGAACCUGUUUCUGGAAUGUUUGAUCCCCUGUGGUCCAGGGCAGUACGGAUCACUAUUGCUCUCUCAUUAUCGGAUUGUUCUUACCGUCUCUGAAUAAAGUCAGUGAAUCUGUCCCCGAUGUGUAUACAUGCAUUUGCUUAGAUUGCAUAGUAAAGAUAGUAAGGAUAGGUUGUUUUUGCAUAUGGGCUAUCUAAUUCAAUGCAUACUAAAGAAGGUAUGGCUGCUGUACUGUUCAGUGGAAGUUUGAGGAAGAGUCUGGAAAAUCCAUACCGAUAUCUGUUCUGUUCAGAUGCUAAGAGUCCAGGUUCUUACUGCACCGAAUUGCUUUCACCAUACGGUCUGGUUUCCUAGCCAUUAUUUUCUUUCCGCUGUGUCCCACAGAACACUGCCUAGACAUUCAUCUGUCUUCACAAAGUAAUGGUCCCGUAGUUACAGAAUUGGGAUUUCAUUUUUAUACUUAAUUUUUGACACUGAAGUUUUAGAGUGUAUUUAGAUGACAUUUGUUUGUUUUUUAUCAGUCUUCAUUCAAGGAGGAAUCAGAUGUCUGCCAAUGAAGUCACUUGUGUCUUUUUGAAUCAAUGUUUUAAUGCACUAAUACGAAUGCGGUAGAAGGGGUUAUCUUAGUUUAUUGUUUGUGUUUUUUAAUGUUCUUACACAGCAGUUUGCUAAUGGUGGCACUGUUUAAUGUGGCUCUGAAACCUUUACAUGGGAACAAGUGAAAUAUUAACAAAAUAAUUGUAGCUUUGCAAGCAGAAUAAAGAUGAUUCUGGAGAUGUCUGCCAA